AUGACAGAUCAAACUCGACUGGAGUCGACAUUGCCAAUGAAUAACAGCAACACAAACCAGACUUGCGAUGUUUUCAUCUAUAAGGAGUCUGCUAGGAUCCUCUUCCCCAUUUUCUACUGCCUGGUUUUUGUCAUCAGCGUGGCAGGUAACAGCCUGGUCCUCUGGAUCACCUGUCAGAAAAAGCAGAAGAUGAACUCCACCACGAUAUAUCUGAUCAACCUGGCCAUCUCUGACACCCUCUUCACCUUGGCUCUUCCAGGCAGGAUCACAUACUACAUCCGAGGCUUCGACUGGCCUUUUGGAGAUUUCUUGUGCCGGCUGACUGCCAUGAUCUUCUACUGCAAUACCUAUGCUAGCAUCGCCUUCAUGACCUGCAUCAGUGUGGAUCGCUACUUGGCCAUGCUGCACCGUCAGCGGUGUCAAAGACUGAGAAAAACCAAGGUCGUGCGAGGUAUCUGUGCUCUGGUAUGGGUGGUGGUUCUCCUUGAGACAUCCCCACUGCUCUUCAAGAGCACUAUGGAAACAAGAUCCAGUCAUAAAACGUGCAUGGAGUUCUCCAAUUUUGAUGGCCACAAGAUGGCAUAUGGUCUUCUGCUUGCUUGCGUCAUUGGGUUUUGCAUGCCACUGGGACUCAUCCUGUUCUGUUACAGCCGGGUCAGCUGCAAGCUCUACAAGACGGCCAAGGAAAACCCGGUGACCAACAAGUCUGGAAGCAACAGCAGGGCCAAAAAUAUGAUUCUGCUCAUUCUGCUGAGCUUUGUGGUGUGUUUCAGCCCUUACCAUGUCAACAUCAUACAGUUUGCAGUGAGAAGGCUGUACCAUGAGCCCUCUUGUGAGGAGUUCAAGACUUUAAAAAUGUGCCUGCAGGUAACCGUUGCUAUGAUGAACUUUAACAGCUGCCUCGACCCUCUUAUUUACUUUUUUGCCAUCAAAACAUACAAGCAGAGAGUGAUGAGUCUUUUUAAGAGCUACAUUUCUAUUUCGGCAUCUUCCAAGAGCAUGCAGGAGAACAGCAGCAGUAACACGUAAGGACAAAUAUUAUACAAAGUAAAAUCAGAUGGUGGAAACUGCAGAGGAAAUGCCUGCACACGUGUGAAAAUGUGGUUGUAUUGAUAUGAUGGCAGAGAUAUGGUUACCUUUCAUUUUUAAGCAAAUUUCUUACCAUUUAAUGGGCUAAUCCAUGUUAUUUGAUUUGUUUUGGGAUUUUUGGCCACAUUGUUGUGUGAAUUUAUUAAGAUAACUGACAUACUCUUGUCAUUAAGUACAUUUUUGUGAGGUCAGUGUGAAUUUGCAUAUUUUUUUUUUGUGUAAUAUAUAUUUUUUUGAAUGAUUAAUGUGCUGUUGGAUUUUCUCUUUUUUUUACUUGGUCAUGUAGGCCUGCCAUUGACAUCAAAUAAAAUUCAGAGACUAAGAAUAAUGGUUAACACUUAACAAUAAGGUUUCAUUAGUUAACAUUAGUUAACUACUUUAGUUAACAUGAACCAAGAUACAGCAUUUAUUAAUCUUAGUCAAUUUUUAAUUUCAACAUUUAUUAACAGGCUACAUUAUUAAAAUCAAAAGUAAUGUACUGUGAACUAACACGAACAAACAAUGAACGACUGUAUUUUUAUUAACUAACAUUAACAAAGAUUAAUAAAUACUGUAAAAAAAAAAUGCAUUGCCCGUUGUUGGUUCAUGUUAGUUAAUUCAUUAACUAAUGUUAACAAAUGAGACCUUACUGAAAAUUGUUAUCAGAAUAAUUAAUUAAGUGGAAAAGUCCCACAUAAAUGUCAAAGAAGCUUGAAACCAAUCGACAAUUCUGAGUAAGAGUGAGUGAUGUAGGUGUAUGUUAAUAGCUAUUGACAUUUCUGUAAGCUGCUGUGUGAAUAUUGCGUUUUGCUUUAAAGAUUCUCAAAAUGUGUGUGUAAUAUUUUGAGCAACCCCUAUAACGGCAUUUUCCAUUUGGGAAUUAAAUGCUCAUGUAGCUGCCAAUUGCCCAAAACAACUUUCUUUAGACCUGUUUUUGAAUACAAAUUAAAAAAAAGUUCAUUA